AUGCUGCUGCUAUCGGCGUCCUGCGGUUUGCUGCUCGCGUCCGCUGCAGCUCCUGUUGUUGUUGUUGCUGUUGCCAUGAUGCUGCUGCUAUCGGCGUCCUGCGACCAGAACGGCGGCGACGCGGGCUGGGGCUGGAGCUACUCGCACGGCGGCAAGGCGCUCCACUUUGCGGGGCCAGACCAGUGGAGCCGACUGCCGGGCUCGUCCCGCUGCGGCCACGGCGCACCCACCGAGCGCCAGGCACCCGUGAGCAUCACCACGUCCAAGGCCGCAUACAACCCGGCGUUCGCGGCGCUCGAGUUUGACUACGACUGGCCGUCCAUCAGCGGUCUCACCGUUGUCAACGACGGCGUCUCGCUCAUCGCAAUGCUGGCAGACAGCGGCGCAGCCACAAACACACACACAGACAAGGCAACGCUCUCGGGAGGUCCGUUCGAGGCGGGCGCAAGAUUCGUCCUGCGGGAGGCUCGGUUCCACUGGGGCUCCAACGCCGGCUCAUCUGGCUCCGAGCACGCCAUCGACGGCCAGUUUGCAGAGGCUGAGGUGCACCUCGUCCACUAUUCAGACCGAUUCGCGUCCUCCAUCGAGGCCCAGGCCAGUCCGAGAGGUCUCGCUGUCGUCGCAGUAUUCAUCCGCGUCGGCGACGCUCCAAAUGCGGCGUUUGACCGGUUGCUCGGAUCGAGCACGAUUGCUGCAUUGGCGGAAGCCGGUGCUGCAGUCUCAGUGCCAGGCGUCAGUCUUGCCGAGUGGCUGCCGGCAAGCACAGAGCAGUACUUUCACUAUCCUGGCUCGCUUACUGCGCCGCCGUGCUACGAAAGUGUGCGCUGGGUUGUCAUGCGCGAGCCCAUCACCAUUUCCCAAGAGCAGCUUGAUCGGCUGCGAUCUGUCCGUGUCGCCGGCAGCGCAGGCCUCGCAGACAUUGCAAGCAUCGAUCGCGAUGAACAACACACCAAAGCUGGACUGAAGGCUAGCUCGACCAAAGCACGGGGCUACUCGAUCAAGUCCAUUCCGGAUGACGAGACGCUGAGAUGGCCAUUUGCUCUUCCUGCCGAUUGA